GCAAUCGCAAUGCUCUAGCAAUGUGAUGAUUUUUACAAAAAAAAAAAUGUUAUCUAUUGUAAUUAAGAGUUAAUCCUUCAUUGGCUCAAGUUGUAAUGCAACCCCUUUUCGCAUUAUCGUUUUGCAGUAAUACAUCGAGAGUGUUAUAUGGUGUGUGUCUACGUACCUUUAGCUGAUGCUGUCAUAUUUUCGAACAGUUCCAUUGCAAUUGGUAUACCAAAAGUGAAUUAAUGCAGUAAACAAAUAGCGAGAGCAAAGAUUAUUUCGUGUUUCAAUUAAUGUUUCGCUAUAAAAUUUAAUCACCGUUUGUUUCUUCAACGUUGCACCUUUUAACUGAAUGUAUUUCGGUAGGUAUUGAAAGCAGCUGCCUAUUCGACUUAAAGCCCAAUCAGAGCUAAUCUAGGAGUGUUCGAUAAAAGCGUAAACAGGCCCGUUCACAAAUCAGAACGUAUUUGUAAAAUAAACCGGCUCAACCAUGCCAUUAACAGCAGAACAGGCAAUGUUACAAGUGCAGGAACGGCUGAAGUCCCUGAAAUCCCUCGUCUGCGAAAUAGAAACGGAACGAAAGCGCAAUGAAACGAACAUCAACAACGUGAUACGUUUGACCAAAAUGGCAAGCGAAGACAAGUCGCCUGCUCUUAACCAUAAACUAAAGACGUUAUACAAAGUUGGCUUGCAGGAUGCAGUACAGGAGGAAACAUUGAUCCGGCAAGCUUUAUCAAAGAUUCAGGACAUAAGAAACAUACGCAACGAGCGUAGAAUACAGGCACGUAAUGCGGGCAACAAAGAGACUAUCCGAAGAGGUGCGUUGAUGAAAAUGCUGCAAAUCUCUGCUCAAACUUUGCCGCUCUUUGUCAGCAAACCAGGUGAAAAAAUACCCCAUCUUUGCGGGUCGAUUGCCGCGGAUAGUAGCUACAUUGCCAAGCCGGGGGACAUGGUGGCUGCGCUUGUAAAGAGCGAGGAAGGCGAAGAGAACUGGAUUCUGGCCGAAGUGGUACAGUAUGUAUCAUCCACCAGUAAAUACGAAGUGGAUGAUAUUGAUGAGGAGCAAAAAGAUCGUCAUGUGUUAAGCCGUCGUCGUAUCGUUCCGCUGCCAUUGAUGCGUGCUAAUCCCGAAACAGACGGACAGGCUUUGUUUCCAAAGGGUACCACCGUGAUGGCACUCUACCCGCAAACUACAUGCUUUUAUAAGGCUAUUAUUAACCAGCUGCCACAGACGGCAAAUGAUGAAUACGAAGUGCUGUUUGAAGAUCCAACGUACCCAGACGGAUACUCGCCACCGUUGUUCGUUGCGCAGCGAUACGUGAUCGCUAUUAAGCAGAACAAAAAGACCACCUCUUGACAGCCGCAACAGCACGUGCAUUUGCAGUCCAUCCAUGCUCAAGGUGCUAACGGCUUAAACACUGCUUCCUCUUCAAAUGCCCCUUUCGGAAACCUCGCUAAUGUAGCGAAUUGCAGUACCGGGGCAGCCAAUGCGGCAAUUACAUCUAACACAUCGGGCGCCGUAGCGAGACAAGAAUCUGUUGCAGAAAAUAUGUAUGACGACGAACCAUUUUAGGUUUAUUAUAUGAGUUAUAACUAUAAGGUCCUUAAUUUAUGGCACAACAUCCAAUAAAAAUACACGAUAAAAGUAUAUAACCAACAGA